AUGCAGUGCAUGCAUACAAUUCAGCUGAAACAAAAGCAACUGACAUGUUAUUUAUUUGUAAACGCUGAAACAUUUACAGACUGUCUCUCAGUUCACACUUCACCAGGGCAGCAGCGAGAUGAGGUCUUUCGGACAUGUCGUUAUUUUAGUUGCUGCGGUGUGUGUAAGUUACAGUGUGAGUGAUGAACACUCAAAUGCAUUGGACUUUGGCCCACUUAUUCCUCCAAAGCUUGGAGAUAAUCUGCCACCGACUGAAUCAUUCCCUUGCGUGUGUGGAGUAUUUCUGACUGGACAGUUCGUAAAGGGCAGCCGAGAUCCACCAAGAGGAAAUGCCGCACUUCUCCACGAGAACUCCGACCCUCUUCCUUGUAACCCGUUCGGCAACAAGCAGUGCACUAAUAAGUGCUUGGACCUUAUUGUGAAACAUCUACCAAACAGUGCAGCAAUUCUGUGUGGUUCUAUUGACAGAGACUGCCAUAAGGAGCGAGCUUACCUGUUUAUCAAGAACUGCAAUGAUACUUGGAUUAACACAAACCUGUCAGCCGGAAGGGAAUACUGCUGCAAGGAUGGCAAGCCAUACAAAUGCCCAAUUCUGUCCUAAACUCCUCUCUUUCUUAUUCAUUGGUAGGGACACAUAAUUAUUUGGUAUCUUACAAUUUUAGUAUGAACUUCUGUAAUAUCAUGCUGUACUUCUGACAUUAAUUACUUGUAAAUAUAAUAAAUUAAACUCUCUGGUAUAAGAA